AUGACAACAAUAGCAAAUAAACUACGAGAAAUUACAAAACGACUUCAACAUUUAACUGUUUGGAGACCAAAUGAACGAGAUCCAUUUUUUGAACUUGAUCGUUGGCGUAUAGAUGCUCAUACAACUAUUGAACAACUAUUUAAUAGAAAAAGACAACAAAUUGAACAACUCAUUGAAAGACAUGAACGAGAAUUUAUGCGACAAUUAGCAAGACAACAUUCAUUAUUAAAUAAUCUUCGUAAACGAUUAAUACCACAAAAAGAAAUCACCACACGUAAUAGUACACAAAAUGAUAUUUCAAUAUUAACUGAUUUAAAAAAAAUAGAAAAUGAAAUUGAUACAAGAUUAGGUCGAGGUGAAAUAUUUAUAGAAAUAACUCCUUUAAAUUUGGAAGAUUCAGUCAUGGUUAGUCUUAAAACAUAUCUUUCAACAACAUCUUCAAUAUAUUCUAAAGAAAUAUCAACAAUAAAUCAACCAAAAAAACCAAAACAUCGAUCACCUGAUGAAGCAUCCGCUGCGUUUAAUAAAUGGUUGGAAGUCAAGCACAAAGAAGAAACUAGUGUUCAAAAAGAAUUAGAGAACACUAAGCAAAAAAAACAAAAAGAUGAAGAAUAUCGAUUAAUGAAAAAGCAAAAUAAUCAACAAGCAUAUGAGCAAUGGUUACAUGAAAAAAAAGCCCAAACUGCAUCGAUGAAGAAAAAAUUAAAUAUAACUGAUAGUGACAUUCAUCAAAAAAUUAAUGAGGCAUAA